UGUAGGUACCGCUUACCGCCGCAUCAUCCGACUGUGUAGAUCCAUAUACCAUGAUCAAGCACAAAAUUGCUGCACAAUGAUCCGAGCUGAUGCGAUGAACGGCGCGAUAUCUUGCCAGAAUCGUCGCUGUGAUCCCCAAGUCUGUGCCAUGGCUACGCAUAGUACCAGCACAUAAAAAGAGAGGGAUGCCUACCGCGUCCCUCAGCUCCUCUUCUUCUUUCGAGCUCACCGAGUAGGUUGCCGGCAACCUCGCUCUCUUUUUUGACGAUUCACGUUCAUUCCACCGAAAUCCUUCGUAACGACCCCAGUACAUACAAGACAUCAUGCGUUACUCUACGCUCGCCUCUACUGUCCUUUUGGCGGUGGCAACAGCUCCCGCGCUCGCUCACCCAGUCACCAUUUACAGUCGCGCGACCGAAGAUGCAUCCAUAGUUGAGCGUGAGCUCCAAGACGGACUCAUAGAGCGCGGCUACUACGACGACCUUGUCUCUCGAGACCUCGAGGCACGCACUCCUGUAGAUAGUAGGGAGCGUGCCGCGAUCACGCUUCGUAGGAUGAGGGAGCAGCAGGAACGGCAGCGUAAAGGCGACGCCGCAGACAAGGAGCGCGCCGCGAAGGCGCUUCGUCUGAGGAAGGGGUCGAUGAGUCAACCGACCAAGUCACCUCAUUACUCCCAGUCUAGUGGGGUUGGUCCGUCUCUGCAACAUCCGAAGCCUCAACGCCCGUCGGAGAAAGCCAAAUUUUUGCCACCCCGGGAGUACGACCUCGACGGCGAGCUGUUCAUCCGGACGACCGCGGAUGCCUCCGGUGUCAUGGUUGAGCGUGAGCUCCAAGACGCACUGAUGGAGCGCGGCUACUACGACGACCUCGUCUCUCGGGACCUCGAGGCGCGCAAAAACUUUGAUCAUGGAGACCCUGUCGGGGAACGGGAGCGCGCCGCGAGGGCGCUCGCGCAGAGGAGGGCGGCACAAAUGGAGGCGGCGGCGCAGAGACUUAGGCACGUCGGGAUGACCAACCAGGGCCACGCUGGGCCAAGUCGUCCUCCUCAUCCGCCGCAAGGUGGCUCUGGGCAGAACGGCUCCGGGCGGGGGUCGGGAGCCCAACCUCGUCCCCGGGAGUAUGACCUCGACGGCGAGCUGUUCGAGCGCAGCUUCGAGGUAGACGAGCUUGACUGAGCGGACGUACUUUGCAUGAUUGUGGGGCCGCUACGAUGUAUUUCAGUCUGUUCUACGCAUCGUGUACAUUGUUGCGUACUUGAGAUGUCAAUCGUAACGUGAAGACUCAUUCGUGCGU